AUGUCUAUACUCCAGUUUAUCUUCUUCGUGGGCUGGAUGAAGGUUGCUGAAGUGCUGCUCAAUCCCCUUGGUGAAGACGACGAUGAUUUCGAAUGCAAUUACAUUCUAGACCGUAAUUUGCAGGUUGGACUCAACGUCGUCGAUGAGGCGUACGACACUUACCCCGCAUUGGUUCGCGAUAGUUUCUGGGAAGACAGCUUGCCAGAACCACUGUACACGGCCGAGAGUGCUCAGCGGCCAAUCAAUCCACAAGUCGGCAGCUGCGUUGAAUUGUAUGUUUUGUCUGAUUUGAACAAUUCGCACUCUUUAGCAGAGACAAGCACUUCACCAGCUUGA